AUGUCAGAUCACCUACCAACCAUUGUGACAAGAAAAUACAAGGGCGUGCAACAAAACAAAACUGAGCAUACCACAAUCACCUACCGUGACAUCAAGAAUCUUAAUAAAGAACAGUUUGCUGCUGUGUUGAAAGAGGCGCCUUGGGAUUCUGCGUUUAUUUUUGAUGAUCCUGAUGACGUUGUUGAUGCCUGGUACGAUAUUUUCCAAGGCGUAGUCGAUAGAUUCCUUCCUCUUAAACACAAGCGGGUGAAGCGUAAGUCCCAACCUAAAUGGUUCAAUAACCACAUCGUCGACAGAUUUAAGGAGCGCGAUAAACUUCUCACUAAAGUCAAGAAAAGCGGUUCCGACCAGGACUGGCUUAAUUACAGGCGAGCGAAAAAUUACGUGACUAACUUAAUUAGGCAAACGAAGCAAACAUACUUUAAGACCAAAUUCACAGGGAACAAGCAUAAUUCAUGGAAACUUUGGAAUCUGAUUAAAUGCCUGCCAGGUAACGACGUUCCGGAACACGAAUUGCAGCAAUUAGCCGAGGAGAGUGAAAUCAUUACUAACAAAGGUGAUAUUGCUGAGACUUUGAAUUGCUUUUUGGUCGACCAGCAGAAAAAUCUGACUUCUCAGAUCGGUUUUAACAAUGACUCGUUCACUGGACCCAGGCCCCCUCCUCCGCCUCCCCUAUCCCAGGUCUCUGGAACAUUCAAUAUUCCACAAAUAUCCAGGGACAAAGUUGUUAAUCUCCUUCUUUCUAUCCCAGUGUACAGAGCUACAAGCACGACGGAGUGA